AUGGAGACAAAGGACAGAAGAAUGAAGAGUUUAUUACUUCUGCUCCUAGUUCUCUUUUCCACAUGCUACUGUCAAAAUGUUCCAGUCAUCAACACAGCAGUAGUCCACGUGAGGGAGGACCUUCCGAAAGGCGAAUUUGCAUUCAAAAUUGAUGCAUUUGAUGCAGAUAGUGACCCUCUGACAUAUGGUGUCAAAGACAAUAAUUAUCAUUUCAGGGUGUCUAAAACUACCGGUGAUGUUUACAUCAACAACACACUUAACAGAGAGGUGCAAAAUAUAAUUUCAGUAGAAGUUACUGUUAGCGAUGGAGUUUAUGCUGAGACAAUGAAAACAAUAAGUGUUAUAGUUGAAGAUGCAAAUGACAAUGCACCAGAGUUCAAGAACACGCCAUACAACAAGAAAGUGCCAGAGAACACACCUGUGCACAGCACAAUACUGACAGUGCUUGCAAUAGAUCUUGAUGACGGACCAGCAGGCCACGUCAGUUACUCCAUCCAUGAAGUUCAGCCUACAGAUGGAGCUCGCAUGUUCUCUAUUUCUAAUGAAGGACACAUCAAAUUGAAUGAACCACUGAAUUUCACUGACAAGAGUGCUUUUUAUCAGAUAAUCAUCAUUGCGACUGAUGGCGGUGGACCAUUGUAUGACAAUCCCCACUAUGUUCAGUCCAGCAACACUACUGCUUUCAUUACAGUGGUUGAUGUACCAGAUCUUGAUCCCCAGUUCUUAAACCUCCCUAACAUGGUCACUGUCAAUGAGAAUUCCUCAGUGGGAACUUCUGUAUUUAAGGUCCAAGCCAGAGAUCCAGACACAGGAAUCAAUGACAUCAUCUGGUACAGCAUCGCAGACACUAAUGAACCAGACCUGUUCCAGAUCAACGAAAAUGAUGGUGUUGUUUCCAUCAAGACCGUCUUUGAUCGAGAGGCACUGCUGCACAAUGUUGUACAAUUGAUGGUGAAGGCUACUGAGACCAAAUUAAAUGUGGACAACAACUACGCACACACGACAGCAAAGCUGGACAUCACGAUAGGCGACCUUAAUGACAAUGCGCCACUCUUUAAUGAGUGCACAGAGGACCAGUGCUUCGAGACCAACACCUUCACCGGCAGCAUCAAUGAGCACUCUGUGGGGCUGUCCGUGACGGGCCUGAACAUGAGGGUGAAAGAUAAAGAUCUGGGUGAGAACAGUCGCUUCAACCUGCACCUUGAGGGACCAGAUCAGGACGCCUUCUCCGUCUCGCCGGUGUCCGGCAGUUUGGAAAGUAAUGUGCUGAUCCAGGUCAAAAACCCCAACGCUGUCGACUACGAGAAGACAAAGACGAUGACCGUGAAGGUGAUCGCUACAGAUGCCUCAAUCGACAGUUUUGUUUCUACGGCGACGGUCACCAUUCAGAUCAUGGACAUUAACGACAACUUCCCGCAGUUUGAAAAAAAAGUUUAUGAAUUGUCUGUGCACGAGAAGUGCCCAAACGGAACGAUCGUGAGCACCGUUACGGCGACGGACGAAGACGCGCUGGACGACGGUCUCCUCACUUACAAGCUACUCCCGGAGAGCAUGCUCCCCUUUUUCAACGUCUUUCUAGAAAACGGGACUAUUUUUGUACAAAACGGUGACCUAUUGGACUGGGGACGUCGAGCUUCCUACUCCCCGACACUGCAGGCCCAGGAUUCGGAAGGAAACACUGGCUCCGCCGUUCUGGAGAUCUCCAUCAUUGACAUCAACAACAAGGAGCCCCAGUUUCUCAGAGACUACAAGGUCUUCAUUGAAGAGAACAAUGAGCUGCAACUUCAGGUCGAGGCUACAGAUGCUGAUGACCCAGAAACCAUCAACAGCAAAAUCCAGUAUAGCAUCGUGGACAGCACGUACAGCACCAACUUCACCGUGGACCCAGACACUGGGAUGAUCAGGAGCACGGGCAUCCUGGACCGAGAGGCCAUCAAUCCCGAUCUGCGCGGUGUGAUCACACUGAAUGUCACAGCCACGGAUAUGGGCGUUCCACCUCUGUCGUCCUGGGUCAAAGCUAUCAUCAAUGUUGAUGAUGUCAAUGACAACACUCCUUAUUACCUGGAUCCAGAUUACAUCUUUCAUGUGAAUGAAAGUGAAAAAGGCAUAUUUGUAGGUUUUGUGCAGGCGCGUGACGCUGACCAAACAGAGUACAACAACCGCACCUCCUUCCGAUUCACCGGCAGCGGCCAGAGCACCUUCCUGUGCGGCUCAGCAUCCGACGGCGACGGCUACAAAGGCAUCAUCACCGUGGACCCUGCCGUGGAGCUGGACUACGAGAGUGAGCGCAAGAGCUACACCCUGACAGUGGAGGCAGCUGACUUGGCUCAGCAUAGUGCCACGGUCACUGUGCGAGUAGACGUAGUGGACAUCAACGACACGCCACCCAUCUUCCCAGUCGGCCUCACCAUGAGCGUGGUGGAGAACUCGCCCCCGAUGACGGUGGUGGGCCAGAUCAACGGGACCGAUCUGGACGGUAGCUAUUUACUGAUCUAUGAGUUUGUCUCCACACAAUGCCACUGUGCUGGUGCCUGGGAGCCAUGUGCAAAUGAGUGGUUCCUGCUGGAUGCCUUGGGCGUGGUGAGGACCAGCCCAGACCACAUCAUCGACCAUGAGGAGUGUGAUCGGGUGGAUUUGACGGCCAGAGUGGUUGACCUUUACACACAGAAGGGAGGGAAUAGCACCCAGGGUGUCGUAACUAUCAAUAUAGUGGAUGUGAAUGACAAUGCACCUGAGUUCAUCCCAGUCCAGGAAUUUUUUGUUCUGCUCGCCGAGAAUAUUGAACUGGAAUCAUCUGUAGCUGACGUUCGUGCCCAAGACAAAGAUUCAGGGGAGAACAAGAAUGUCACGUUUAAGGUUACGGGAGUGGACUUUGCCAGCUCAACGGCAGGCGAUAAGCCAAACCCAGUUGGCCUAAUCUUCUUCGCGGAGACCAUAAAACAGCCAGACGCCAAUGAAAACUACAAUGGCAUUAUCAGGUCCCUCCAGACUCUGGAUAGUGAUAAAAAGGGGAAAUACUUGGUGAAAGUGAUGGCAAUAAAUGGUGAGCUCAGUACAGAAGAGACACUUGAGCUUAUCACGGUCGACAAGUCCUUCAGGGUGAGCCUUCGAUUCGAUUCAACAGUGGCAGAGGUAAACAAGAAUUUGCCUGAAAUCAGAAGCUCUCUGACUGGUGCCACUAAAGCAAAAGUGGAUAUAGUUAAGGUGUUGUCUGAAACUGAGAAUGUACAGAGGAAAACUGUGACUCUUGUCGAGGCGUACUUCGUGUUCCCCAACGGGACGGCAUUGGACUCCGAGUCUGUAGGGAAGAUCCUGAAUUCACAGGAAGUCUACGAGGAAUAUGGAGUCAUACUCCAGCAGUAUGGCCUCAGGGGCAUCCUGAAAAGCACAUUUGAGCCACCAGAGAACAGAACGGAGCUGUUCAUCAUGAUUGGCCUGGUUGGAGGGCUCGUCAUCGUUCUUGCCGUCACUGUGACGUCACUUGUGUGCAUUAAGACAAACUACAAGAGGAAACUGAAGGCAGCCAAGGCCAUGAACUCAGCAGCUUUGGUGUCGACAGAGAGCCAGAAAGCUGGACCUGUUGUUCCAGGCACCAACAUGUACACCAGAGAGGGGGCGAAUCCUGUGCUGAACCUGAACUUCGACACCUCCACUGACCUGGGCUUUAAUGAGGAGACGUCCUGUGCCGAUCAGGAGAGCUUGAAUUCUCUCGACUACAACAUGGACAUGACAGACAAAGACAACAUGCCGGUGAUGGUGAUUCAGGAAGAACAGGAGAGAGGCGAUUCUCCACACAUCGAGCCACUAGGGGCUGCAUUGGCGCAGCGAGGGCAAAAGAAAAGUUCAGAGAGCCCGGGCAUCACCAUAGCCAACCCUUUGUUCAGCUCUGUAGACCUCUAAAUUCCCAUCGGCCAGCUGCAACCUCCACGUGCAGACUGAGAACAAGACUUGUUUUCCCAUUCACCCAUUCACUUUUGGCCUAGGUUGCAGCAGUGAGACUUUAAACUUAACUUAUACAACAAGAAUUAUUUUUCUCCAGUGCAUUGGGGGAAACACAGUCUGAGCUAGUUAUUUGGGAGAGAAACUGUCGUAUUUGCUGCACUUUAAAUAGUUUUAGUAUAUGUGUAUCUUUUCAAUUAGUAAUUUUAUUGGAAUCAGUGUAUUUUUGUGUAUUUCUUUUUUUUUUUUUUGUUAUGAAAAGGACAGAUGAUGUCUUUUUCAAAACUGGUAUAACUCACUUUUUUUUUGAACAACAGAUUGGGAGGGGAAUUCUCCAAAGUUUCAGACAGAUUUUAAUUAUAAUCUCUACAUUUUGGUCAAAGCAAUCAUUAGAUAUUUUAUACAAAUUUUCAAAUUGCAAGUACUAAAGUUCAGCAUGUUGCUAAUUGUAAAUCCUGCCAAAUUGUUAGUAGACAUGCCAACUUAUUUAAUACGGCAAAUUGCAUA